GCUAAGGGGGACGAGGAGGGGAACAGGUGGCGGUUGGAGAAGACCUGCCGUCUGGGCGUGGACGGACGAGGCGAUGGUAGGUGCGUGCUCUGAAAUGAACGCAUGGGAAGCAAGAUUUCACCCCUGAUCACCCGAACAAUUUCCUGUCACUGCCCUGUCGCUGAGGAGACGGGAGCUCGGGCAGCGCUGCAGAUGCGGCCACUGACUCGCGUGUGUGUGUCUCGGUGUUCCAGCCACAGAAAGUACAGGGCCGCCCUGAAGAAGGAGAAACGGAAGAAGCGUCGGCAGGAACUCGCUCGACUGAGAGACUCAGGACUCUCACAGAAGGAGGAGGAGGAGGAGGAGGACGCUUUUAUUGAAGAACACCAGCUCGAAGAAGAGAAGCUAUUGGAGACAGAGAGACAAAAAUUACAUCAGGAGUGGUUGCUGAGAGAGCAGAAGGCACAAGAAGAAUUCCGAAUAAAGAAAGAAAAGGAAGAGGUGGCUAGAAAACGGCAGGAAGAACUAGAGAGAAAAUUAAAAGCAGAAUGGGAAGAACAACAGAGAAAGGAGAGAGAAGAGGAGGAGCAGAAACUACAGGAGAAGAGAGAAAGAGAGGAAGCUGUGCAGAAGAUGCUGAAUCAGGCUGAAAACGAGUUGGAAAAUGGUACCACAUGGCAAAACCCAGAACCACCCUUAGAUGUAAGAAUAAUGGAGAAAGAUCGCGCUUUUUGUCCAUUCUACAGUAAAACAGGAGCGUGCAGAUUUGGAGAUAGGUGUUCGCGUAAACAUAGUUUCCCAACGUCGAGCCCUACCCUUCUUAUAAAAAGCAUGUUCACAACGUUUGGAAUGGAGCAGUGCAGAAUGGAUGACUAUGACCCUGACGCAAGCCUGGAGUACAGUGAAGAGGAAACCUACCAGCAGUUCCUAGAGUUCUAUGACGAUGUGCUCCCCGAGUUCAGGAACGUGGGGAAAGUGAUUCAGUUCAAGGUCAGCUGCAACUUUGAACCUCACCUUAGGGGCAACGUGUAUGUUCAAUAUCAGUCGGAAGAAGAAUGCCAGGCAGCCCUUUCUCUGUUCAAUGGACGGUGGUAUGCAGGACGACAGCUACAGUGUGAAUUCUGCCCGGUGACCCGGUGGCAAAUGGCAAUUUGUGGUUUAUUUGAAACCCAGCAGUGUCCAAGAGGAAAACACUGCAACUUUCUUCACGUAUUCAGAAAUCCCAACAAUGAAUUUUGGGAAGCUGACAGAGACAUGUACCUGUCCCCAGAUCGGACUAGUUCAUCCUUUGGGAAGAACUCAGAGAGGAGAGAGAGGAUGAGCCACCGUGACGACUACUAUGGCAGGCCAAGGAGAAGACGGAGUCCCAGUUCAGACCAUUCCUACAAAAGAAACGGGAAAUCUGAGAGGAAAAGGAGUAGUAGUCACAGGGGGAAGAAAUCUCACAAGCAUGUGUCUAAAAGUCGGGAAAGGCACAGCUCCCGAAGCAGAGGAAGAAAAAGGGACCACUGUCGGAGCCGCAGCCGGAGAAGUCGAAGCCGGAGCCUCAGGAGCCGGAGAAAUCGGACCCAGAGCCACAGGAGCCGGAGCCAGAGUUCAUCCAGGUCCAGGAGCUGGGGUGGGAGGAGGUCCAGUAGUAGAGACAGAAAUACCCAUAGUCCCAGAUCCAAAUAAAUCGGUUUGGUUUCUGAAUGAAUGUAUCUCUUACUUCUUAUGGCUGCUAAAUACGUUGGCUAGAAGGGGAUGAGCUCAGAUGGGUUAGCAAGUCUGGCAGAACCGUAUGUAAACUGGAAUUCUAUUUUAAAAGUUUUUUUCUCUGAUAAUCAAAAAUUGUAUGUUUAAUAUAGAAAACUUAGGAAACAAAAUGUAUAAAUAGCAACGUAAAAAUUAUUUGUAAUCUUAACUAAUUAACUUUGGAGCAUUGCUUUAGUCUUAUGUGUGUGUCCGUAUUUUUUUUACCAUGUUAAAAUAUGUGGUUGCAGUUGAAUAUGCUACAUUUUUUAACCUAAAACAUCGUCCUAUUUCAGGCAGUCCCUAUUCUUACAUGAUUUUUACUCACUGCAUAGUUUAUCUAUUUAACCAUAUCCCUAUUGUUGGAUUUUUAAAUUAUUUAUAAUUUUGUACUCUUAAAGGAGACUUUGCUGAAAAGAAAUAAAAAGUUAAAAAUCCUGUGAUGGAUUUCCUUAAAUACUUCCGCACAUUUCUGGUAAUUUCCUUAGGAUAAAUUACAUCAAGGGAUGUGAAUAUUCAAGUUUUUCCAAAUCAUCCUCCAGAAAAGUACGAAAAAUCUAGCACCAAGAGUAAAUUUUGCUGCUCCCACAUCAAGUACGUCUGUGUAAGUGUUCACUUACUUAUUGUCUAAGCCAAAGACUUUCUCUGUAAUUAAUGGCCAUUGGUUAAGAAUCUUUUUGCCCUUUAUUAAAAAUCUAUGGGAUUUUUCUCCAUGCAACAGCCGAACAGUUUUAAAAUUCAUGUGCUCAGUCUUAAAUACUAAAGGGUAUGUAACUCUUUUUUUCCUCCCUCCUACUGGUCCUCGGUUCCCUUUCAGCUGGGGUUUUUCUAUCAGGGUGUUCAUCUUUUUGACAGUCUAUUCCUUUACAGGAGCCAUGGUGCCACAGUGGUUAAGACACUUGGCUGCUGACAGAUGUUCGGGGUUCAAACCCACCAGCCUCUCUGCGAGAGAAAGAUGUGGCAGUCUGCUUCCUUAAAGAUUACAGCCUUGGAAACCCUAUGGGGCAGUUCUACUCUGUCCUAUAGGGUCGCUAGGAGUCGGAAUAGACGGCAAAGGGCAGUCCUUUAUAUAAAGCUUAUUUUUGUCAUUUUUGGGAAAUUAGGGUCAUUGCUAGAGAAUAUGCCUUGUUAAAGCAAUCCUGGUACAAAAAUCGUUUCUGUAAUUACUGUUUAUGAUUCAAAAAUUCCAACUCUAGAUUGCCCUCCGUGGCCCACAGGCCUGACUUUGGUGAGCAGGCAGCUACAUGUCAGAGGCUCUAAGUCUACCGCUGCCUGUUUUUAAUAGACUAGCAACUUAAUUUGAAGCUUUCCUUGCUGAAGUAACAGUUUUAGUAGGCCACAUUUCCUAUCAUCUGUAAUAGGAAGUCACUGUCAGGACAACCUAAGUUUGGACUUUUGGGUUGUGUAUUAGGCAGUACAGUCGUCUCUGCAAGUAACCAGUCCAUUGCGCUGGGAAUGCUAGCCCGCCAGUUCAUGGGGACGGGAGGAGACGAGCAAGUUUUCUCAUUCAGAAAGAGCAAAAAAAGAAAAUCAACUGCAUCAAGGUUUUAAAAGCGGCAUUUAUUGAUUGAAA